UAUUUUGCCUGCGAUCCGAUCAGUUGACACUUACAUUUCCACAGACUCUCUCUUCCUCUCCUCACCAUUGCCACAAUUCCGAGUCCCCUUCCUGUAUAACAAUUGUCGCCAGUCGUUAACGGAUUCGUUAUAAAAAUCUGAGUCUCGUUGACCCACGCCGUCCACCUCAAACCACCCGAUUCUUGAGCAACAAAAAAGUCGCAUGACCCUGGUACCUUCCUCCUACGACUCGCCUCCCUCCAUCCCAGCCGUUGCAACACUCGACAACUCCAUCGUGGCAUGCUAGAGCGUGCUCCAUCAUGUCUUGAGCCUGCAUCUCAACUCUUUCUCCGAGGAAUCGAGCCUCCCCUGCGCACACAUCGUGUCCUUGGCCCGUCAUUCUGGAGGAAUGGAGGCAAUGAACUUGCCGUGCCAUCGUGGUGGCCCUUGUAUCUCGCCAAAGUCCGAGGAUCAUCGCAGGACCCCAGACUCGGACGUCGGCCGGAGGGGCAUGGGACGCUUCCGGUAGCAGAGCAAGCGGAAAGAUGUCGUCUUGUCCGUCCUCAGGCUUCAGAGCAUGAUUUCCCUACCUGCCAGCCUUAUACAAGAGUCCUGAGACAGUAUACAAGUCAAGCAAGACAAGAAAAGAUAGGAGCUGGAGAUAAUGCUCAUAAUGUCGAAGUCACGUUUCCCGCGUCGACGUCAGCAUCUACUAAAGCAUACGAUACUUGGAGUACGCCACAGCAUGCAGUCAGCGAGCCUCCAGGCCGGCCUUCAGAGAGAACCGAUAUCGAUAUUGAAGAACAUCUACGAAGUCUGCUAGCUAGGCACAAGGUCGAAAAGGCGACUCAAGAGUCUGAUGGCGGUGACCACGCCGAUGCGGUUUGGGCAUUGUUCAUCCAGCUUUCGAACCAGGAAACUUAUGCAAGCUCAGUCUUCCACUUCCUUGCUGGUUCCUAUGCUUCGAGGCGGUCCAAGCAGACAAUGUGGGCGUUUGAGACCAUUCCUGUGUCCCAGCGAUCAGCGGCCGAUUAUGAUGCUGCGGUUCGGGUAGCGCUCAAGAUGGACGACUUCCGUCUCUGUCUCUCAAUCAACACCGAGGCAACAGCACGCAAGCUUAAUGCCCAGUGUAGCUCGUUCCUUCUUUUGCAUUUCACCUCCAACAGGCUGUGGGGCAACGCCGUCAAGGUCUGGGCCACGUCCUUCCAGCCGCUGGCCACGUCCUCCCAUCCGCUGGCUACGGGCAUAGGGCUGUUUUCUCAGGCACUUGCACGAUCACUCCGGUCGCAGGGUGACAACUACAAAGAGCUGCCACAGGCAAUAAACCAGCUCGCAAUGCAGAUCUUGACGAGAUCUCCCAUUAUUAUGCGUAUUUCCGGCACGCUUGCACUCAUUGGCCGUGAGCUUCUGACCGUGAUCCUGAGGAGCGGUAAGCUCAUGAGCUCGAUUACACCCACAGGACUGCUCAGUAUCCUCAACAAAUACAAAGCAUUGCAAUUACUAAGACCGACCAUGUAUCUGGAUGCCGUUGACACCCUGCUCAAAUUGGCGAAACGAUCAGACAAGAGUGGGCUUGGUACAAUGCUAUAUCGCCAUUUGCGACUCACAUUCCCAGACUUCAGGCCAUCUCGUGCCCUUUUGGGCGCUCUCCUUUCGAUUCACGCUGCUGAGGCUGCUCCUCGGGAGGCAUACACCUUCUAUUUGCGCGAAUUCGCUUCCAGUCAUGGUGUCGCAGAUGAAAAGUCGUAUCAAUCUGUUUUGUCCGCACUUUCUACGCAGGGGGAUGUCGUGGGAGUCAAAAGUGUGUUCGAGCAGCUGUGUCAGGCACACUCGCUGCCGAAAACGCUUGACUAUUACAACCCACUCAUUUACGUCCAUGCUCGCCUUGGCGACGCUGAAGGUGCUCAACGCCAAUUUGAGAAAUUGCCGGAGUGGGGCAUGGUCGCGGAUACAUAUUCGUGGAACAUCCUCAUCUACGCCCAUGCUAGAUCUACCAGACCCGAAGGGGCAUUCAAGGUGUAUGAGAAGAUGAAAGCAGCAGGUGUCCGUCCGGACAAGUACACCUUUGGAACCUUGAUGAGUAUGAGCUCCAGUGUUGGUGAUACCGAUGCAGUCCUCAGCGUCAUCGAUCAGGCACAACAAUCUCAAGUCGAAGGGUCCUAUGAAAUGAUGUCUGGAUUGAUCCAAUCAUAUCUGCGGAACAAUCAAGCCGAUACCGCGGAACGACUCGCAGAAGCAACCUCACAGGCGAAAUUUCAAGGCAGUCCUGUGAAGAUGUGGAAUUACCUGUUGAGGCAUUAUGCUUUUCGAAAGGACUCUGACGCUGUCCUUCGAGUUCAGCAGCGUAUGCACGACUUGGGUAUACAGCCGGAUGAUAUGACCUACGCCGCCUUGAUGACGGCACUCGUCGUCAUUGGCAAGACCAAGGAUGCUAUGCGAAUCCUGAGAAGGUUGAAUCUGAAUCAGACACUGGUAGCUACGCCUUUUCACUAUGCUAUAGUCUUACAUGGCUACGCUUUGGAAAGGAAUCGUGACAUGGGUAGCGUUGUCUAUCAAGAAAUGGCAGAGCGGUUUCCCGACAUAGGAGCUAGCCCUCAGUUGGCCAUGCUUCACUUACAAAGUCGUCGCAGUCUCAAAUCGAACGGGGCGCCGGCCUCCGUCACCGCCGAUUGGCUUGCCCAAAUACUGUUCUCCAUUACGGCAGCAGAUCGUGCCACUAAACAGCCGCAGCCUGGUUUCCGACGGCGUGGAGCUCUACAUUCGGUGCCUUCCAUAUACCUUGAACAUCUCGUCAACAUCGUGCUCUCCAAAGGUCGCGUCGCCCUGGCAUCCACGCUUAUCCGAAGGUAUGAAUCCCUUACCGGAACGUCGUUCCUGCAUCUGGAUUCCACAGCUCUGGAAUCGCUUCAAUGGCUGGCAGUUCGUAUGCGAAUGGCAUCACUGACUGCUGAUUGGAAAGCUGUGGAUGACGUCUGGAGACGGAUACUCCAGCAGGCAAUGCACAUUGCGACACCUUUGUCAGCCAAGUUAGCAAAGCAGCACGAUGCAACUAAGGUGAUUCAGCAUACGAACCUCGACAAUGGCAAGGUGGAGGAUUUGUCAGCUCCACGAUUGCCUUCGAUCGGAAUAGAGCUGCCCUUCACUGAACCCGACUUCCGUUUCGACUCCAUGAUAAAGCAGUCGCCGAGUCAGGGUUCGCUGCUUGAUCGACCUAACAUGAAGAUCCUUCCUGCGCAAAGAUUUGUCCUUGCCCCGGUCAUCAAUCAAUAUCUAAGGGCCUUGGAUCUUCAACAGCUCCACGCGAAUGCUAUUGAGCUCAUUCCCCAGCUCGAACGUGCGGGAUUCAUGUUAACUAGCAGGAACUGGAACUUCUACAUACAGACGCUGACAAGGUCGAGCGAGCGAAUUCACUGGGUCGAGGCCUUCCGCAUCUUCGAAGAGAAGAUGUUGCCCAAUACUCCAUCCUGGCGUGUUCUCCGUCGUGGUAGAUGGCAAUCGUCCGAUGCCGAGGAGGGGACUAAGACUUUCCGUCGCAGCGAUGUCGAGAAGACCGAUCCGGAAUUGCUUGUGCCAACCUAUACGACCGCCCUCCAUCUUGCAUUCGUCUUGAAGAAAAGCGUUCCGAUGGCGCUUCGCGAGAAUCGGACUUUUGUUGCAAGGAUCGCGAAGGUGGCACGGGGUACGUACCGCUUUGUUCGGGCGAUCCCUCGUAUCAAGGACCGCAUGCAAGGUGUUCUUCUGCGUGAGAGGUAUGUGAUCGGGGAUUUUCCAAAGCGGCCCCGUAAUUACCCAAACCCCGAUCGCUCUGGAGUGCUGGGUAGCCGCUCUCCGCUUGACCAUAUCACUCCAGAUGAAAUCGAGAGCGUGGAUGGCAUUGUCCACGGUAAAUCAAUGGCCACCAACAAGCACAAUCAGGACCCUUCCGCUAUGAGGAGAAGGACUGACGACAUGAAGCAAAUCGAACACCUCGAGGGGCAGAUCGACCGGUCACCCGUGAUGGUUGAGAAAUAUAACCGUCUGGAGGACGACAACGAAGUUCAGAGACGAGUGCAAAGAGAAGAAGGCAGUCUCUUCAAAAGAAUAGACUUAAUGCGCCGUGACCAACACCGCCCACGUACAGUGAGCGACGAAUGGUUUGGGCACCCUGGAGCUCGAUCUGAAGCGAACAUAGCCCGGCCAGCAAGAAAGCUUCGCUCGGGGGCGCUGUACGACCCCAACUUUGUCGAUCUAGAGCGGGAGGCUUUGGCUCAGAGACAGCUGCACGAAAGAUUGGAUUCUUCGUUACAGAAGAGGGCUCACCGAAAGGAAGGCGCACGAGUCAUUCCCGAAAUAUUUCGAAAGGUUCAAGGCACUGUGCGAGACGAAACUCUUUCGAACAUCGCGCGUCGACUUAAAGACACGCCUCGGUCAUCUGCGAACCCACUUGAGGAUCCAGCCUAUCUUCCUGAGAAACUUCUGCAGGUCAAUAAGCUGCGAGAAUCUGACCCGAUUGUGAAGGAAGAUCGCAAACAGGCUGUCAAGCGCCGAGUGGAAGACUCGUAUCGCAAUGCUCAAUCGAGGGCGAGCAAGGACAAGGACACGACCGAUCGGACGUCACCUGGAGAGCGCCGAACAUGAUUGCGAGCCUUUCUAUGUGGCCGGGAGCUCUCUGUUGUGUCUCUGCCGGAGUGUGGUCUGCCACAUAAGGAGACGUCGGACACAAACAGCUAUACAAUAUCGAUGCCGUUGUUACCCUGUAGAUAGACGAGAUAGAUGUGUAUAUUUGUACAAUGAUUACAUAUGAUGAGCAG